AUGUCCAGCGCCACGAACGGCUCGGAGACGACGUACUUCACUGCCAUCGCCAACCGCGACGUUGAGGCGCUGAAGGCCCUCAUCGCGCAGAACCGCAACGUGAACGAGGUGGCGCAGGACCCGGCGCUGUAUCACCGUACACCGCUGCACGUAUGCGUGUGGGACAACUUCGUGGAGGGCGCGAAGCUGCUACUGGACGCGGGUGCGGAUGUGAACGCUCUUGACGACCUGCACGACUCCCCGUACCUGCUUUCCGGCGCUGAGGGGCGGCAGGAGAUAAUGGAGCACAUCUACAAGAACGCCGAGCGAACAAUGCGGUACGGAAGCCAGACGAGCCUCCGCAUGAAGACGAGCGUGCCGGACCACUCUAUCGUGAACCGGUUUGGAGGAUCUGCCCUGAUCCCCGCCUGCGAGCGCGGUCACGUGGAGAUGGUGCGCCUGCUUCUGCAGAAGGGUGCCGAUGUGAACCACUACAACUACCACCACUGGACUGCUCUGCUGGAGGCUAUCGAGCUCGGUGGUGACGAUCGUGAGCACGUCGAUAUUGUGCGGAUACUCAUCGAGAACGGUGCUGAUGUUAACCAGGUGGAUGGUGCCGGCAGGACGCCACUGUAUCUCGCACGCAAGCACAAGUACAAGCGGAUUGCCGCGCUGCUGGAGGCCGCCGGCGGUCACGAGUGA